AUGCUUGAUAAAAACCCAAAGCAGUGGCAUGAGAAGUUGUCAGAGACUCUGUGGGCAUAUAGAACUUCAAAAAGAGAGGCAAUUGGCAUGACUCCUUAUGCUUUAACCUAUGGUCAUGAUGCAAUUCUGCCCAUGGAGAUAGCAGUCCAGUCUCUCAGAAUUACUCAUCAACACAAUCUGGUUGGAAAAGACUACUCUCAAGCCAUGCUGCUAGAACUGGAAGGAUUGGAUGCAAGCAGGAUUGAUACCCUUAACAAACUCUUAGCAGGAAAACAGGCUGUAUCAAGAGCCUACAACAAGAGAGUUAAAAACAAAAGUUUUGAAGAGGGAGAGAUAGUCUGGAAAGCAGUUUUGCCCCUUGGAACACAUAUAGCAGGUUAUGGAAAGUGGUUACCUACAUGGGAAGGUCCUUUCAUAAUUAAGCAAAUCCUAGGAAUGGGGGCAUACAGAUUAUAG